AUGCCUACAUUCAAGUCCCUGGCCAUACUGUGCCUGCUCCCACUGCAGGCACUCGUAGCCCAGGCCAUUGAAGCCCCUCUCCCCAACUACACCGUCGAGGAUAUAAUCUGGGACAUAGAGGUCUUCCCCGGCCAAGAAAGGCAAAACUUCACAGGAACAAUUCAAGAGGUGACGCGUCAAGUCCUGGCAAUCAACCCGCAGUGGGAGCUACCCGUCGCCAACAAAUCUGCCCCAAGGACCGACAUGGAGACCCUCGAAAAACGAGUGUGGACUGACUGGAAGACCCUCAACUGCGGCGGCGGUCCCUACAAAUGGGCAACUGCCAAUUCAGAUGUCAUACGGGAGGGGAUCGAGUACCUCAGGGGUUUAUCGGAAGACCCGCGUCAGAGGCCGCAAAACCGGCCUGGGGGAUGCGGAAGAGUGAGCUGCUCGUACAACAGUGCCAUUUGGUGGUGCAACGAUAACAAAGUCCUGUGGACGCUCGACUACUGGACCGAUAUUGGAGAUGGCGCAUUCUUUAUUAACUUUAGGUGUGCAAAUGACCAGACUAGGAGGGUCGUUGGCCAGGCAUUUACUAGCGUUAACUGGAACGUCAUUGUUCGAGGGGAUAAGUGUUAA